AUGGCUUCCAUACCGAACGAAUUCCCUAUAUCUCUAAAAUCAUGGCCCUCUUCCAAUAGCAACGACUCCACUUCCCUACCAAACCUCAUUCAGCGCAUCAACUUCGAACGAGGGGGCUUCCGAGAUAUCAGCGAGGAAAGUUUACACCAGGAAAUUGCCGAAGCAGAGGCAGAGAGUAGCAAUGGCGAAGAAGAUCGCUCGAGUGAGGAGGAAGAGGUGGAUGAGGAGCCUGACCGGAUGAAGGAGCUUAUGACAGCUAGAGAUGAAAUGCUGGUCCAGCUCGAGGCUGCUCAUCAUGGCGCGGCAUUCGCUUUAGACUUCGUCUCCCUCCUGCUUUCGAAAGAUACCCCGGUUCAAGCUGGCUUGUCCAUGACGCCCCAGCUAAGGGAGAUGGUGGGAACAGGCACACUGGGGGCGGAUAAGAUACAAGCUUCCCGAAUUACGGAUACCCAGAAGGAGAACAACAGGCAUGUUGCCAAAGGGUGGAAGAUACAGAACCUCAAUAAGACAGUGGAUACCAUUCUCGAAUCGGCCACGAGGCUAGAAAAAGAAAUGGAGACGGAGACAAAGUACUGGGAGCAAGUUCUUGCUGUCAGUGAAAAUGGAUGGGCUGUGUGCCGAUUGCCAAAUGAGAAGCAAACUUUGGGAGUGAGAUUUGGGUUUUUAGAGGCGGCACCAGCCUUCAGGAACCAAAGUCUAGCAGCUCUACGGAGAAACGCAGAUGGGUCAAUAUCCCUAGAUCAAGGAGUAACGAGCACCGAGCCACAAUGUGUGCGGGUUCGUGUCCAAGUAAACGGCAUAAACACUGGAUCAUCAACAAUUCCAAGACCUGUGCCCGAAGACGGUCCUAUAGAAUCUCUAAUACUCCAAGCACGAAAUACCAUCUUCUCUACCGAGCUUUGGCAAGAGCUCAGCCGCGAAUCAAGAACACUUGGCGCGUUUAAUGUGAGGUAUAAAGGGGACCCUCUCACGUUUCCUCUUGACUCUGAGAGAACUAUAUUGCUUGAUCCGGUCAUUUUGGGCGACUCGGCUCCUUCACCACCCGGCCCUGAUGACUCUACUGCAGAAGGGAUUGCUAUAGCCCUCAACCUCCUAUUAGCUUACUCCCACAGGCAAAACCAUCGUCGAAGGACACAAAUCCCAGCCCCAAUCUCGGCCGCAAAGCGCCCAAACCCACCCUACAACUUGUUACGUUCCUUGAUUACACGGCACCGCCACCAACAAACAAUUACAUCCCUCCACAAUCUCCUCGCCCCUCUCUGCGCGAUGCUGAAAUCUGCAUCGUUAACCCCAACACCAUCGUAUACCAUAAUCCACUCGCCCUCCCAACCACCGCCAUUCGCAAACUUCUCUCUCGCAGAACGCACCAUUUCCUCCCUAACUGAACGUUUAGAAUCCAUAGCGACUCUAAAACUAACACCAGACACAACCCUCACCAUAACCUCCCGCACCUCACAAUUCCCAGUCGCGGGCACAUCAUUCGGUCUCUCCCUUAACCAAGAGUCAGAGCUCAAUGCUACGUGCGUCGCCCCUCCAGCAAUAGCCGACGUGAAAGGCGUAGAAGAUUACGUUUUCUUCGCUACAUCCUGCGCUCUCGCAUCGCUCUUCAUAUCUCCUGAUGUCGAUGACUCCAGCUGGAUACGCACAGCGCAGCCCAACGUUUUGCGGAAGCUUUUCCAAGGAGGCCGAGCCAAACAGCUCGUCUUCAAUGUCUCGCGCAUGAAGACUGGGACGAAGGGGGUGAAGGGGAAUUGUAGCCUUAGUGUGGCGUGGGAAUGGAUGCGGCAUGAUAGUUGGAGUGUGGGGAGCGAGAAUACGAUGAAAUAUAGGGAAGCGAAUGAGUUUGGAGAGAAGAGAGGGGAGCAAGGAAUCUAUGAGUGGAAGCAUGUAGCCGGUUGGGAUGACGGCGAAGGGCAGGUUAUGAAAGGGCUGGAGGGGGUAGUCACGGAUGCGGGGAGAGAAGAGGCUGAUGGGGCGAGGUUGAGGCAGAAAAGUGGCAGGGUGCAGGCUUUCAAGGGCAAUUAA